GUUGCCGGUCACGGUGUGUUUGUUCAAUAUUGGUAGUUGGCCACUUGGACUUGUGGUUGGUCGGCGCAAGUCCGCCAACUUCAUCUUCUUUUUCAAAAACCAUGGUCGAGCUGAACGCAGCACAAGAAAAAGAUAUCGACGAGCUUGAAGACGACUAUCAGUCGGACGACGAUGACCCUAACGUGUUCAAAGUCAGAGAUGCAUUGAUGCCGCCGUCUGCGAUGUCCUAUUCUGCGCAAGAGUUACACAAAUACAUACACGAGGGCUUCAUUGACCUGAACCCCAUUUAUCAACGAGACGUCGUUUGGCCCGAAACCAAGCAAAUUGGUCUCAUCGACUCCAUCUUUCGAAACUUCUACGUCCCCCCCGUAAUAUUCGCCGUGACCAAAGAUGAUGAGGGGGAGCCCAUUCGUAUUUGCGUGGAUGGGAAACAAAGGCUCACGUCAAUACAAAAGUUUCUUGACGGCCUGAUUCCUCAUCGAGACGUGCGCACGAAGAAGAGCUAUUGGUUCGUUCGUUCCGACAAGCAGAAGAAUACGCGCUUAGAAAUACCAGAAGAGUGGAAACGACGGUUUGCAGAGACCAGAAUUACGUGCGUCGAAUAUCAUAAUCUGACUCCGGAAAUCGAGCGCGAAAUCUUCCAGCGGGUGCAGCUCGGCGUGCAAUUGACUGCUGCAGAGAAACUUCAAGCGAUUUCGUCGCCAUGGGCUGAUUGGAUCUCGGACCUCGAGCUGCGUCACGUGAAUGUAGACAACAGAGGACUGGCCAGUGUUCUCGAGUGGGAUACUACACGCGGAAGAGACUUCCAAUGCAUCGCGCAGCUAAUCUAUUGCUGCGACGGCUACCCAGACCACCCACUUCCCACAGCCCAGAAACUAGAAAAGUGGCUGAAGCGGGUGGAUCACCCUUUACCGGCGUUCAUGGUGGAGAUCAACGACGUACUGUCGGAGUUCUGGAACAUCGCGACAAAAGAUGACUUGAACGCCGCUUUCACGGAAGUUGACAAGCGCGUUGCGCCUGUUGAAUUUGUAUUCAUUGGGGUCGUUCUCUUCGUCCUUAAAAAUUGCACACUUCGAGAAAGAGCGAAUGCCAUCCUACAUAUGCGUUUACGGAUACGAGAACAGUUCCGCGACGUUCGUAAUAAUGGUCUUGUGGGAAAGGCCUUGUGGAGUUACGUUGAUAGUAUUACUGGUCCGUCUGGGGUGAGAGUGCUGGACGUGGACGCUCCACUGUUGGCGAUUGCGUCCACCUCCACGGGCACGAAGCGGAAGAGGAAAGGUUCGGAUGCCGAUGAAGACUAUCGUCCUUCGCCAAUCAAGAGUCUAGGUUCAAAGGCGAAAACGCGCUCAUCGGGCAGGAAGUGAUCGCCUCCGUGGUCUUGUGAUUUAUAGAGGAGAUACUUUAGCUAUACAGAGACUCACAGUAAAUACUAUAAUAGUGUACCCGGUGGAUAUGCUCUUGUGAAUUUCAGCUGUUGUAACUUACUCGCGCAGUGUACCAUACCCCCUCGGCGU